GGCUGAGAUGAGAUUUGACCUGGCUCAAAAUUCCCUUUCAACAAUCAACUACCGAGCGCCAUCGUUGACUUAUUCAGAACAACGAACCGGCCCAUAAAUUUGAAAUGACCGUCGAUCCCGAUUUCCCAGCAACCCCCAAGCCCCCUCUCUCCCGCUGCCCGCCCACGACAUGGACAUGGCCUCGCCGGCGCUGCUCACCGACGACCUCCUGUCGGACAUCUUCCUCCGCCUUGCGGAGCCGGCCGACCUCGUUCGCACCGCAGCCGCCUGCGUCCCCUUCCGCCGCCUCGUCGCCGACCGCGCGUUCCUCCGCCGGUACCGUUCGCUCCACCCCGCGCCUCUCCUCGGCUUCCUCGACCACAACGGCUUCCACCCGGCGCUCCCGCCCCACGCAUCCGCCCCCGCGGCGCGGGCCGUCUCGCUCGCAGCGGAUUUCUCCUUCUCGUUCCUACCCGCCUCCUCCACGGGCCGCGGCUGGGUCGUCCGCGACGUCCGCGACGGCCGCGUCCUCCUCGACCGCUCCCCCGAGGACAGAGGCGACGAGCCGCAGGUCUUCACGGAGAUAGCGGUGUGCGACCCCUUGCACCGGCGCUGCGUCCUGCUCCCCCCGGUCCCCGUCGACCUGGCCACAGCGGUGGAGCACCCGCUCCGCUUGGAGUUCGACCGCUGGUGCGAGCCCUUCCUCGUCCCCCACGGCGCCGACGGAGAGGAUGAGACGUCGUUCGAAGUGAUCUGUAUGGUGCAGUGCAAAGCCAAGCUGGUCGCCUUCGCCUUCUCUUCCACCACUGGGGAAUGGCGAGCCGUCGCGUCCAUGGCCUGGCGCGACCUGAUGGCCGGCCUGGGCGUGUCGUCAAGGAGCCCUACGUUCUCCGGCCGCCAGUACGCUCGCGGCUGCUUCUACUGGGUUAUGGAUUGGCGAGACAAGUUGCUCGUGCUUGACGCUGGGAGGAUGGAAUUCUCCAUCGCUGACGUCCCACCUAGCUGCCAUAGGCGACAGAUCGCAGUUGUGGAAGCAGGGGAAGGCAGGGUUGGGAUGUUGGCGCUCCGCGACCACGUUGCAGAUGGUGCAGUUAGCCUCCAUUAUACUGUAAGGCGAGACGAUGCCGACGGUUCCAAUUCCAACCAGUGGCAGGUGGAGAAGAUAAUUCCGCUGGAUCCUGGAUUUCGGUAUUACAUCAGGGGUGCGAUGGAGAGGUACACGCUCCUGCUAAGGUUUCCUGAACACCUAAGCUUAGCAGGGGUGCAUGUAAGCUCAUCGGCAGUGAUAGAAGACUUGGAAUGUUUUUCCAUGGACACCAAGACUUUGCAGCUUGAGAGGGUGUGCGAAUUGAACCACCACAUUAUGCGUGCCUACGUAUAUACCAACUUCCCACCAUCCCUGUCGCCACAGAGUAUCUAAAUGGCUUAUGGCCAGCGCAGCAUCCUUGCCCUCAAGGCUCAAAUGAUUGCGUGUGAGCUUCGUGUAUGAACUGUUAGAUUGUAUCCCAGAUUUCCACAUCCUCAUGGCUACCAGUCUAUAGCUGUUGCCAUGCUGGUUGUUUAGAGUGGUUGUUUAGAGAGAUGAUACAGCACCUUUUGGAUUUAUUAUGGGCUAGACUCAUUUAAAUUUGAUAAAUCAAUAAACUCUAUGGUGUCUAAUUGUGGACAAUACAAAUAGUACCGAAUUGGAAUUCUAA